UAUUUUGGAGCCUCUGUCUCUGCCAGAAAGUCCAGGUGGUGUUGCUGCUGUAGAAAGUUCUCCCUAUGUGCCUUGCAUUUUCUGCAAAGAAUGCUAUCUCUUAGCAGAACAGAGCCAGCUCCUGAAGCACAUGAUUAUUGAACACAAGCUCGUCAUAGCAGAUGUGAAACUGGUUGCAGAUUUUAGAAGGUACAUCUUGUACUGGAAGAAGAGACUUGCAGAACAACCCAUCACAGACUUUUGUAGUGUGAUAAGAACAAAUUCAGAAGCUCCAUUAGAAGAACAGGACAAUUAUUUUCUUCUAUGUGAUGUUUUACCAGAAGACAGAAUACUUAGAGAACAGCUACAGCAAAAGAGACUGAGAGAAAUUCUAGAACAGCAACAGCAAGAGAGAUAUGACACAAGUUUUCAUAGUACGUGUAUGUUCUGUGAUCAAGAAUUCACAGGAAACAGAUCUGUCCUCCUCAAUCAUAUGGCAAGAGAGCAUGCUUUUAAUAUUGGACUGCCAGAUAACAUUGUCAAUUGCUAUGAGUUUUUGACUGUAUUACAGGAGAAGCUAGACAAUUUGCAGUGUCUAUACUGUGAAAAAGUCUUCAGAGACAAAAACACACUUAAAGAUCACAUGAGAAAGAAACAGCAUCGCAGAAUCAAUGCCAAAAACAAAGAAUAUGACAAAUUUUAUAUCAUUAAUUACUUGGAAUUUGGAAAGUCCUGGGAGGAAGUGCAGUCAGAGGACGACCGGGAAUUACUAGAUAACCUAGAAGAAGACUGGUCUGACUGGGAAGAACAUCCUGUGUGUGCAGUUUGCCUGUUCUGUGAACAACAAGCAGACACCACAGAAAAACUGUAUCUUCACAUGCAGAAAUCACAUGGAUUUGACUUUCCUAAAAUAAAGUCAGAGCAUGGUCUGAACUUUUACCAGCAAGUAAAGCUAGUGAACUUCAUCAGAAGAGAAAUCCAUCAUUGCCGUUGUUACAACUGCCAGGAGAAAUUUCCGUCUAAAGGAGAAUUGAUAAGGCAUAUGGAAGACACCAAACAUGUUACAUUCCUGCCAGCCAGGUCUACAUGGGAUCAACCACAGUAUUACUUCCCUACCUAUGAAAAUGAUACGCUCCUAUGUACACUGUCAGACAGUGAAGAUUUGGUAACUGAAGGUCAGAGUGAAGAUGUCCCUGUUGUAAGUGAAGAUAUAUCCAGUCUAAAAGCUCUCAAGCAGAGCAGUGUUUUAAACCAGCUCCUGAAUGAAGAAAACAAGAGUCAGGAGAAAUUUUGACCUUGAAUUACAGUUGUUGACCUUUGAGUGUUUCUUCUGCAAGACAAAAAAAAAUACAUCCUUUCACUAAUACUGGAAUACAGUUUACCUCAUAGAUAUUAUCACUGGGAAAAUAUUAUAAUAAAGUGAAUAAAAUUUAA